UGAAAUUUCUGUGCUGAAGCCAUGAGGAGCAGGAAGGACUAAGGAGCACUUGCUGUCGUCGCCCCCUAAGCUCAACGUCCGCAUCAAUUAUUAUUGCCCCGAUGACUGAAGGAACUACCUCGAAUCUGAGCUGGGUAAAGGCCUUGAGACCAGAGAGCGAGCGAGAGUAAGAGAGAGAGCGAGAGGCACUUGGUCAUGGUGUGGAUCAGGGACCGCAAGUCGUCGGAGCUUUCCACAAGGCAAGAAAAGUCAACAGUACAAAAAAGGAGACGUGCAUCAAUCUCUACGACUUUGAUAGAUUUGUAAUUUCCUCAUUAAUUUUUUAUUUGUUUUAUGGGGCUAUAGAAGUCGCUCGUGGGUUUCUCUCUCUUUAGACUCUCUCUUUCAACUAGCCUACGGCAGUCUAGCUUUCCCUUACGCGGGGAUCUCAUUUUCUGCUAGCGCAGUCUGUGACAGUGCCAACAGCAAGGAUUAAAGUCUUCAUAAUUUUGGCAGUCUCCAGAUAUUGAAAUACGGAUCAUGAGCACAAGAUGAGGUAAAAUGCAAGAUUCAUGGGUGAUCAUGGAAAAAAUUAAUUGUCAUGUGAUCAGAAGUUGUCUCAGAAGGGACGUAGUACUGCCAAUGCAAUGUCUUCCAGUAAGAGCACUAUUCACGGGCAUAAAAAUGAUGGGGUUCAGAAUCAAACCUCUGAUUUCUCAAGCAGCAGACAUAGCCCUGGAACUCAGUCUGCUUCAAGGAAUCUGAAAGAAGAAAGCAAAUUUAAUCAAUUUCAAGACCGAGAAACCAUGGAGUUGUAUUCACAUGCUAGGGCGCAGCUAGGGGAGAUUCAGUUUCUCCGUGAACAAAUUUCUGCUGCCUGUGUGAAUGAAUUGCGGCUGCUGAAUGAGAAAUAUGCACUUGAGAGGAAAGUCUCUGACUUACGAAUGGCAAUUGAUGAGAAGCACAAUGAAGACAUAAAUUCUGCCUUAAAAGAAUUAGCUAACAGAAAAGUUGAGCUAGAAAAAAAUUUAACCUUGGCUCAUGAUUUGAAGGUUGUAGAGGACGAGAGAUAUAUCUUUACCUCAUCCAUGCUAGGGUUAUUGGCUGAAUAUGGUAUUUGUCCCCGUGUUAUAAAUGCUCCUGCUAUUUCUAACAGCAUAAAGUACCUAUAUGAUCAGCUGCAGUGGAAGAUUAAAGCCUCACAUGCUAAAAUUGGGGAGUUAAACUCUGCUUUGCAUAAUGAUGUUGGGGGUGGCUCUCAUGAUAAAGAUAGACCUGACUUGAGCAUCUUGAAAGGUCAACUUCCUCGUAGGCCCAUGGUUCAGCCUGGUUUCCCUAAUUAUAACCACCCUGUGGGUGAGCAGUAUACAGAACCAUCAGAAAAUAUGUCAAGAUAUACGCAAGGGAAUGUUCGUAUGGAAAACUUAAUGCUUAAUGGUAAGAUGCACCAGCCAUUCAAUAAUGACAAUCUGCAGGAGUUCACAUUCAAUAGCGAGAGGGAAGUCGCGGGCACUACUUCCCAUAAUAUAUUUGGUAAUGCUGUAGCAAAGGAGGGAGCUGAAAGAAGGAUGAAUGAUGUCUUGUUUUAUUCACCCCCUAGACAUGAUGAGGUUGCUUCCUUUGCUUCAGAAGAAGGAGGCCCUGGUAUAGAGGGUUUUCAGAUAAUUGGUGAGGCCAAACCAGGAGGCAAACUUCUAGGAUGUGGGUAUCCUGUACGCGGGACUUCUCUAUGUAUGUUUCAGUGGGUUCGUCAUCUUCAGGACGGCACUAGGCAGUACAUUGAGGGAGCCACAAACCCGGAAUAUGUAGUCACAGCCGAUGAUGUUGAUAAACUGAUUGCGGUGGAGUGUAUUCCAAUGGAUGAAAAUGGCCAUCAGGGGGAUAUUGUGAGGCUGUUUGCCAAUGAUCAGAACAAGAUUACAUGUGAUCCUGAAAUGCAGUUAGAGAUUGACACACAUAUUUCUAAAGGUCAAGCUACAUUCAGCAUUCUGCGACUGAUGGAUUCUUUAGAAGAUUGGGAGCCAACAACUCUUUUUCUGAGACGGUCAGGAUACCAAGUUAAGAUAAAUAAGACGGGUGCCGUAGUAAUUGCAGAAAAAUUUUCCAAGGACUUAUCAAUCAAAGUUCCUUGUGGGGUGUCAACCCAGUUUGUUUUGAUAUGUGCCAAUGGAUCUUCACAUCCUUUCAGCACAUAUGAUGAUGUUCGGAUGCGUGACACUUUAGUGUUGAUUAUGAGAAUGUUCCAAAGCAAGGGUGUCGGGGCACUACUCGGGGCAGCAUUCAAGUACCCAGCUGGGGGCAGGGCUCCUAACAAUUUGGGGAUGGCAUGGUGAUUUUUCCCCGAAGCGGCUUCGAAGCGGGGCAAUUUGGCCAAGCAGUGAUGGUAUUGGCCAUCGCACUCCAAAUCCACCCCGUUGACAUCCCUAAAGAUGCACUCAGCAGUCCUUAGUUACUUAUUUUGUUGCUCAUUAUGUUUCAGUUCUUCACCUUCCUAGUCAUACGUAUUCUUUUGCCUUGUUUAUUUCCUCUAUUUUUCCCCCUCCUUGCAUGUUGAAGUGCUUGCUAACCCUGGGUGGAAGCAUGCAAUGGAUGUAGAAGUGGAUCCCUUGAGCACUCAAGGGACAUUGGGCUUGGUGGAUCUUCCUCCUUGUAAGAAGGUGGUUAGGCUUCAUUGAGCCUACCACAUUUAAUAUCCUUCUACAACAUUGUUGAAUGGCUUAAGGUUCGAUUGAUUGCCAAUGGGUACACCCGAACAUAUGGUAUUGAUUAUAUUGAGACAUUCUCUCCUAUUGCUUGACUAAAUUCUGUUC